UUAGAGGCGAGUGGGACCGGACAGCCCAGCGCUGGGAGAGCCCAAGAGAACCCGCGAGGCCGAAGCCGCCGCCCCCGGAGUGGCCCCAGCCUCUGGAUCUCCACCGUCAGCUCAUCUUCUUCUGGGCUCGGGUGCCCCGGGCCCCGGGAGCUGCUGAGCUGGGGGGGCGCUCGAGCUGCGAGGAUCCGGGCUGCCCGCGAGAAGAGGAGCGGGCGCCCAGGAUGGGGUGCAUGAAGUCCAAGUUCCUCCGGAAUAGAGGCAAGGCCUCCAAGUCUGAGUCCAGCACCAACGUGCAGAGCCCUGUGUACAUGCCAGAUCCCACGACCCCGAUCAAGUUGGGGCCUAACUACAAUGGCAACCCCCCAGGGUUUGUGGAGGCAGGCUCUGAGGACACUGUUGUGGUCGCCCUGUACGAUUACGAGGCCAUUCACCGUGAAGACCUCAGCUUCCAGAAGGGGGACCAGAUGGUGGUCCUGGAGGAGGCUGGGGAGUGGUGGAGGGCGCGAUCUCUGGCCACCAGGAAAGAGGGCUACAUCCCAAGCAACUAUGUGGCCCGCGUGAAUUCYCUGGAGACGGAGGAGUGGUUCUUCAAGGGCAUCAGCCGGAAGGACGCAGAGCGCCACCUCCUGGCUCCCGGGAACGUGCUGGGCUCCUUCAUGAUCCGGGACAGCGAGACCACAAAAGGGAGCUACUCUCUGUCGGUGCGAGACUACGAGCCCCACCAAGGAGACACGGUGAAGCACUAUAAGAUCCGGACCCUGGACAAUGGGGGCUUCUACAUUUCCCCGAGGAGCACCUUCAGCAACCUGCAGGAUCUGGUGGCCCACUAUAAGAAGGGGAAGGACGGGCUCUGCCAGAAGCUGUCAGUGCCCUGUGUGUCCCCCAAGCCCCAGAAGCCGUGGGAGAAAGACGCCUGGGAGAUCCCUCGGGAGUCCCUCCAGCUGGAGAAGAAGCUGGGCGCUGGGCAGUUCGGGGAAGUCUGGAUGGCCACCUACAACAAGCACACCAAGGUGGCRGUGAAGACGAUGAAGCCGGGGAGUAUGUCGGUGGAGGCCUUCCUGGCCGAGGCCAACCUGAUGAAGACGCUGCAGCAUGACAAGCUGGUGAAGCUGCACGCGGUGGUCACCCAGGAGCCCAUCUUCAUCGUCACGGAGUUCAUGGCCAAAGGAAGCCUGCUGGACUUUUUGAAAAGUGGAGAAGGCAGCAAGCAGCCCUUGCCAAAACUCAUCGACUUCUCAGCCCAGAUUGCAGAAGGCAUGGCCUUCAUCGAGCAGAGAAACUACAUCCAUCGGGACCUCCGAGCCGCCAACAUCCUGGUCUCUGCAUCCCUGGUGUGUAAGAUUGCUGACUUUGGCCUGGCACGGAUCAUCGAGGACAACGAGUACACGGCUCGGGAAGGGGCCAAGUUCCCCAUCAAGUGGACAGCUCCUGAGGCCAUCAACUUCGGCUCCUUCACCAUCAAGUCAGACGUCUGGUCCUUUGGAAUCCUACUGAUGGAAAUUGUCACCUAUGGCCGGAUCCCUUACCCAGGAAUGUCAAACCCAGAGGUGAUCAGGGCGCUGGAGCACGGGUACCGGAUGCCUCGACCCGAGCACUGCCCCGAGGAGCUCUACAACAUCAUGACCCGCUGCUGGAAAAACCGCCCGGAAGAGCGGCCCACCUUCGAGUAUAUCCAGAGUGUGCUGGAUGAUUUCUACACGGCCACCGAGAGCCAGUACCAACAACAGCCUUGAUGGGCAGGACCAGGCCGGGGCCAGGAGGUGCCCAGGAGGUGUCUCCAACACCAGCCACUGGAGCCCAUUCAUCCUUCCCAUUCCCAGACACCCACCCUCACUGCAGCCACASUCUCCUCAUCUGCCAAGUGGAUGGGUGGACUGGACAGUCUCUUUUUUACUCUACCAAUCCACACUGUGCCAUUCUCAGGAGUCUCCCAAGUUGAUAUUUCUAUUGCCUGGGAUGAUUGAAUUCCAAUUACAGCUGUGAUUUAGAAAUGUUUAAAAUUAUAAAAUAAGUAUUUAAAUAAAAGCUAUUGAAUAAAAGAUAUGAAUGCCAAGGCCUUUAC